CAAACCGGCAGUGAUUGGUCACUUCAGUGGGAGGCGUGGCUCUUCCUCACCAGUUUCAGUGAGGAAGAUGCUGCUCUCUGUGCUGGAGAGUUCCGGUGGAGCCAAGUACCAGCCUCUGUCUCAGACGUCUCCCCCCUCCCAGCGCACCAGCCCGACACUCAGAGACUGCUCUGACUCGGACAGCAGUACGGACGAGCCGGACGGGCGACAGUCCUCUGACAGUGAUGAUGAUGGAUACAGCGAGGGCACGCCAGACAAAGGGGACACCCCAAAAAGUCACGACGGCUCCCUGCUGGAUCCCGAGGCCGAGCGAGGCUACUUCCUGCCCAGGAGCAGCCCGGUCAUCUCCCGCAGGAAGCGCUUGUCGAUGUCCGAGCCGGCAGAGCAGUCUCCCUCUUCAUCCCCCCCCGCCCACAUCGAAUCACCUGCCUCCACGGGAUUGGAGGAGCAGCUGGCAGUGUGUGAAACCCUGCCCCCAGACCUCCAGCCCCACCCAUCCCAGCUGCAAGAGAAGCCCCGCUGUGUUUCUCUCUCAGCCAGCGUGAACUGGCUGUUGAGUGCAGGGCUCCACCUCCCAUUCAGAGGUGUAGCAGGGGCCACCCGUGGCCAAGAAGAGGCGCAGAAACUUCGUUCGCACUCUGACACUCACAUAUUUGCAGGACUCAGGAAGGACCUAGAGCCACCUGAAAGUGUAUACACUUUUGAUGACGUCCUCAGGGCCAGCAGUGACCUGGAAAAGGAGAAUGCUCACUUCAUAGUAGUGGACAUGGUGUUGGAGGCCGUGGAGGGGGCGAAGUGGGAGGUGUUGAGUCAGCACGGUAUCCAGGAAGUGAGCCGUAAGGGUGCUCGGGGGUUGAGUCGGAGAGGCGCUCGGGUGUUCAGUCGGAGGGGUAAUCACAUAUCAGCAAGGGGUGCAGGCCACCUCCAGGAGAUGUCCAGGGACAGCAGCGAGGACAAGGCCAAAAACUGUGCUCACUACUCCAAGAAACUCUCAUUAGUAGCCUCUUGCGACAGUGGCUAUUCAGAUUUCUCCUCGGGGUUCUUUGCUCAGCAGUCUUACACAGACCCCCUCCCCUCACCCAUCACCGAGACACCAACACCUGACCCAGAUGCUGAGAAAGGUGAAAGUGCUGUAGAUGGUGGCUUCAAAUCAUUUCAGAGCUCCCCCGAGUCUCCAUCCCUCCUGUGCUCAGCAGAAGUGCUGGCUCUGAGGCUGGUGUCAGCCUUCCGAAAACAGUGGUUCCCCCGGGAGGACCAGCGGUUCACCUCGACCAGCCUGGGCUCCGCGUUACAGGAAUUUCUCCCCAGCAGCGACUCCAUGGCAUCAGAACAUAUCAUCGCUCUGGCUGAGGAGAUCAGACAGAAGUCCAGAAUGAGGGGCACUCUGACAUGGGCCCCGCCCCGCUUCCAGAUCAUUUUCAACACUCACCCAGCCCAGAAACGCAGUGUUGUCAUGGCCUCCCAGCACUACCUCUGUGCCGGCUGUGGAACUCAGGUGGAGGAGAAGUACAUCAAGAAGCUACGCUACUGCGAGUACCUGGGCAGGUACUUCUGCGACUGCUGCCACGGCGACGGCGAGUCGGUGAUCCCGGGCCACGUGCUGGAGAAGUGGGACUUCGGCAGGUACCCGGUGUGCAACUUCUCCAAGCGGCUGCUGGACAGCGUGUGGCACCAGCCGCUCUUCAGCGCGGCCUGCGUCGGAAAGGCCCUGCGGCGGGCCCGGGAGCUCGCCAGGUUCAGGGAACUCCAAGAACAGCUGUCAGCCAUUAAGAAGCUGCUGACAGCAUGCAGAUUGUCAGAUGGAGUCCUGCGGGAGUUUGAGCAGCUGCCCUGUCACCUGACACAGGAGCCAUACCUCUUUUCCAUGGAUGACCUUUUGAGGGUCAAACGCGGCCAGCUGGUCCCCCAGGCCAAAGCGCUGCUCCAGGUUGCCAUCGCCCAUGUGGACAGCUGUCAGCUCUGCCUGGCCAAGGGCUUCAUCUGCGAGUUCUGCAAAAAGAAGGACGUGCUCUUUCCCUUCCAGACACACACUACCAAACGCUGCAAAGGUUGA